AUGGCCGACGCCGGGGCCGAGGCGACCUUCGACUUAAACGUCCUGCGGGUCGACGGGAGGCAAUUCCGUGUGGGGGUGAAGUUGGGCGACACCAUCGAGGACGUGAAGCGGAACCUGACGGCGUUGCUGAACGCGGACCCGAGCAACCCCGAGCCCGUCAGCCCCGAGCGGCUCAGGCUCCUGGCGGCCCAGCAGCCGCUGGAGGACGACCUGACGGUGGGGGAGUGUGGUCUCGCGUUGGAAUCCAUCGUGACUUACCAGGAGAGGAGUGCAGAUGGAUCUGGAGUCAUUGACUAUACCAUUGCAGGCGAAUUCCCCAAAGGUACAUCAGCAGAUUGGAGCCCGCCUGCUAAAUUUCAACCUGUGACUUCAGAAACUACUGAGAGGCACAGAAGAAUGAUGAGGAUACUUUGUGAGUUUAGUCACCAAAAGAUGACUAUUUCUAACAUGUAUGAGAAUGAAGAGGAAAAAACAAACUGGACAGUGAUAGAGCCUGAUGUCUCUGAUCAUGAGUUAUUUUUUAGGAUUUCCCUCCCAGAUGAAGGCAAUUAUGAAUGUGCUGUAACUGGACUAAGAUGGGAAAUCACAAAAUCAACAACUAUUGAUUACAGAUAUUGCUCGUGGCGUGAAUAUGCUCCUAUUAUUGUGAUACAGAAAGCAGAAUUUUCAGGUCCAUUGUUUAAUAUUUUGGCAGAAGACAGUGUUAUUACAGCUAUUCAUCUUCCUCAUUUUAUUUGUUUAAAAGGCACAGAUAGAAAAAUAGAUUAUACCUUUGCCAUCUUCCAUGUUAAAGAAAGCUCCUAUAGUGUACUGAAGCCAUCAGAAAUUCAUCAAGCUCAUGCUGAAUUACAAAUGCCAACUUUUUCGCUUAUGGGAGUUAUUGUUGACAGAAACUCGUGGUUUUCAUUUUAUAGUCUGACAAUGAUUUAUCAAACUGCAAACCCAGCUGCUGUAAUUCUUCAUGUCUAUGUUAUACCAAAUGACCUUUCAAUAAUGCAGGCAGUUCAUUUGCAGGAAUCCGAAUCGGUUAUGAUUAAACGUCCCUCACCCACAAGGUCCCUCUACUUUGGUAGAAAGUAUUCUCUAAUUAGCUCUUCAGAUAUUCAGAUCAUACCAGAAGAAAUGAAAUUCCAUUACAUUGAUAUGGAUUUAAAACAGCCAUUUUAUGAAGUAUUUAUUAAAAAAGAAAAUGAUUUAUUUGAGUUAAAACUGACAAAGAGAAAAAAGAAUGAUGCUUUAUGGAAUAUCUUGUUAAGAUCCAAAGAUGGUAAAGUUUCUGCUGCGGCUGCUUUAGUAGAUAAUGAUGAAGUGGAUAAUGAUGAAGUGGAACUUUCAUCAUCAGAAAGCAGCGACUCAGUUUGUACCAAAGAUGCCAUCGUUGAGGAUGAUGAGGAUGAAAAGACAAUGCCAAAGCCCGAAGUGGAAGCAGCUAGGAGCAUGGAGCGUAACAAUGUAACGGAUGAUUUUUUACACUCAAAAUCAGGAAUUCGUUCUUCCGUUUCAGAUGCUUCAUGA